GACCGGCGACUGCUUAGACCGCAGAAGAGCAGGAGGACGUCUGCGACAUGCUCGCAGCGCUAGGCUCUCUGGCGGCUGCCCUCUGGGCAGUGGUCCAUCCUCGAACUCUCCUGCUGGGCACUGUCGCCUUUCUGCUCGUUGCUGACUUUCUCAAAAGACGGCGCCCAAAGAACUACCCGCCGGGGCCCUGGCCCCUGCCCUUCGUUGGCAACUUCUUCCAUGUGAACUUCGAGCAGUCGCACCUGGAGAUUCAGCAGUUUGUGAAGAAAUAUGGGAACCUUUUUAGCUUGGAGCUUGGUGACAUAUCUGCAGUUCUUAUUACUGGCUUGCCCUUAAUCAAAGAGGCCCUUAUCCACAUGGACCAAAACUUUGGGAACCGCCCCAUGACCCCUAUGCGAGAACGUACCUUUAAGAAAAAUGGAUUGAUUAUGUCAAGUGGCCAGAUAUGGAAGGAGCAAAGACGGUUCACUCUGACAGCACUAAGGAACUUUGGUUUAGGAAAGAAGAGCUUAGAGGAACGCAUUCAGGAGGAGGCCCAACACCUCACUGAAGCAAUAAAAGAGGAGAACGGACAGCCUUUUGACCCUCACUUCAAGAUAAACAAUGCAGUUUCCAAUAUCAUUUGCUCCAUCACCUUUGGAGAACGCUUUGAGUACCAGGAUAGUCAGUUUCAGGAGCUGCUGAAGUUAUUGGAUGAAGUCACAUACUUGGAGGCUUCAAAAACGUGCCAGCUCUACAAUAUCUUUCCAUGGCUAAUGAAAUUCCUGCCUGGACCCCACCAAACUCUUUUCAGCAACUGGGAAAAACUGAAAUUGUUUGUUUCUCAUAUGAUUGAAAAACACAGGAAGGAUUGGAAUCCUGCAGAAACAAGAGACUUUAUUGAUGCUUACCUCAAAGAAAUGUCAAAGCACACAGGCAAUUCUACUUCAAGUUUCCAUGAAGAAAACCUCAUCUGCAGCACUCUGGACCUCUUCUUUGCCGGAACCGAGACAACUUCUACGACUCUGCGAUGGGCUCUGCUUUAUAUGGCCCUCUACCCAGAAAUCCAAGAAAAAGUACAAGCUGAGAUUGACAGAGUGAUCGGCCAGGGGCAGCAGCCGAGCACAGCCGCCCGGGAGUCCAUGCCCUACACCAAUGCCGUCAUCCAUGAGGUGCAGAGAAUGGGCAACAUCAUCCCCCUGAACGUUCCCAGGGAAGCGACAGUUGAUACUACUUUGGCUGGGUACCACCUGCCCAAGGGGACCAUGAUCCUGACCAAUUUGACAGCGCUGCACAGGGACCCCACAGAGUGGGCCACCCCUGACACGUUCAAUCCAGAGCAUUUUCUGGAGAAUGGACAGUUUAAGAAAAGAGAAGCCUUUCUACCCUUCUCAAUAGAAAGUUUGCUGAUCCCGCUCUAGACACACUGCUGAGAGGUAUGUACGCUGAACAGCACUGAAAUGAUUAACUACGGUUGUCACAGCAUAAGGUAUUCAACUGUAUGGAAUGUAAGGUGCUAAUUAUGUCACAAUUCAGUUCCUUUUUAUAUCCGAAAUAGUCCUAAUAUUUUUCUUCUUUUUGUGGUCUAACAUCUAAUAUCAAAUAGUAUUUCCAAGUUACUUUAAAAAGACUUACUAUGGUGCUAUCCACUAGAACUUUCUGCAAUGAUGGAAAUAUUCUAUAGCUGCCCUGUCCAGUGUGGUACCCACUAGCCACAUGUGGCUAUUGAACAUCUGAAAUGUGGCUGGUGCAACCAAGAAACUGAGUUUAUGAUUAAUUAAAUUUAAAUUGUCAUAUAUGGCUCAUGGCUAUGAUAUAGGACAGCACAUAUUUAACACAACUAAAAUUCUUAAGUGCUAACUUUUAAAAAUGACCCCAAAAGUUCAAAAGUAAUGCCUUUGAAAAUAAGAGCUUUGAGCAGAAACAAACUGAAUACCACAAACUGAGCCCAAGAUAAACUCCUUAAUAAGUAAACAAAAUCAAACUGACCCCACCUUGUUUCAUCACUGCAACAUCCCUUUUCAAUGAAGCAAAAUUAUUACAUGAUACAAUUUUUCAGCAGAAGCUAAAUAUAAUUUUAUGCUUAAAAGCAGUAACUGAAAUCUUCAUUAAUUACCUUAAAAAGUAUAUAGACAUUUCACAAAAAGUAUAUAUAUAUUUUGCUUGCUUUCCAUCAGAAAGUUGCCUAUUACAAAUGUCAGUUUAUUUCUUAUGCUUAACAUUUUAAACAUGAUGUCCAGAAGCCCUUAUUUGCCAUAGGUACAAAUUAGAACUAUGAGAUUUUCAGAAUAUGUAAAAUUUCCAAUUAAUCAAUUUUAUUAUUCCAAAGUCAUUCUAAUUGUCAAAUCUUCCAAAUGUUAUAUCUUCCAUGACAUGACAAGGUAGAGGUACACAUUCAAUGGAAGAAUUAGGGGACAGAAGUAAAGCCUUGUAUAUACUAACUCAAAUCAGCCUUGCAUAGUUCUCCAUGUGCCUGCCUCGACUGUUUUUAUAUAAAUCAACAAAAAACAAAAAAAAUUAAACAAAUCUAGAUAAUGUUUUAAGAUUAAGUAUUACUGAAUAACUAUUGAAAAUUAAUUAAGUUACUAGUACAACUGAAAACAUUUAACUAAAAUACACAAGGCCAAUUUGAAAUUGUAAUACACUCAAAAGACAAAUGUUUGUUUGAAAUGUGUGUAUAAUUACAUCCCCAAUUAUUCAAAUGUGCUCCCGCAGAGAGAUGGCUAAUUAUAUACUUUGUUUUUGAAGUCAACUGGCAAAAUUAAUUUGAUGCAUGUUGAUUUUAAAAUACCUGAUAUCCAGCAUCAUAAACCUUCUUUAUCAAUCUGGUACUUAGUUGAAAGGUACAAAAUAUUUUAAGGACACUUCUAUUUUAUGUUUUUUGUUUUUUUUUUUUAGUUUAAUCAGAUGUUGUAGCAGGGACUUUAACAGAGAGAUUUCUUCUGGUGUUGGUGAUGUGCCGUUGCUGUGCUAAGAAAGACCGUGCAGGAGUACAUGCAUUAGUGUCAUUGCAGGCACCACCGCCGCUCACAAGUCUAGAUUCCAUCCCCAGUUUCUGGAAUGCUAGACUCUGAAAAAUAAAAAAAACCAUAUAUUUUUUAUUUAACAUGACU